AGUAGGUCUUUAAUUUAAGGAUACAGGUUGUGUUGUUAUGCUCAAUGAUUAACCUUCUUUUUGAUAGAACAUAAAUGUUGAUAGGUCUGACACUGUUAUUUGUUUUUCUGUCUUCCAAUGCCAUUUAAAUAAAAAUAUAGUUUCUAAUGUUUUCUAAUGCAACAUAAUGUAACAGUGAAGGUGUCCCACAGUGAGAACACCGUGUGUAAAAUAAGCUUUGGGCUUUUCUGAACUUUUGAACUCGAGAGCUGCUCCGUCUGUCGCUCAACCUCUCAACCCUCCGGAAGUUCCCGAGCCGAGUCGAAGCCCGCCGAGGACGACGUCAGCAUAUUUCGUUCUUUCGUUUUUCGCCUGCUGCGUGCGAAGGAGAGAGAGGAAAAAACGGCUCUCAGCAAAGCAACAAGAAGGAAGAGCAAUGGCGACACUGGAUCGCCAAAUACCAAGUCCGGAUACCUUCCUUUGCGAGCCUUGGUCUUCCUUCGUCAGUGCGGCUAAAUUACGUUUUGUUGACAACUCGUCUUUGGAUAACAGCGACAAGGAGCUUUACUGCCUCGGUGAAGCCGUGAGGCUUAGCAAACAAGAGAUGCUCGUCUACAGCCAGUUUCCAGCACUGGAGGAUUUUUGUCUUGUUGUCUGCCAUGUCUGCAAUCAGGUGGUCACCCCUCAGGGCAUCCUCACACACUAUGAGAAGCGCCACAGCUCCCCCGCCCCCUCCAGGAGUCCCCUUGUCCCCAUGAAGCCCAAAGCACCUGCAGUGGCCCCUGCCGUGGCUCCCGGUCCUGGGGACACGCUGGCUUUCAGGGUGCCGAAAGACUACCCUCACUCCCGCUUCAGCAAGGCGCCUCUUGCUGUCUACCCGCCAAAGGGGGCACGGAACAAGACGUGUGUAUCCCUUCCAGUUGUAAGCCUGGAGAAGAUGCCCUGCCUCAGCCGCGCCGACUCCGCAUCACACGUGCGCCUCACCGCCUCCUCCUCUUCCUCCCCGUCUCCCUCCUCCCUCAAACCUCCAUCCCUCACUCCCCCGGGCUCCCAGCGGUCCAGCGAGAAGCUCGUGAACGGUCGCGGCACCAGCGGACCGUCCACCCCGCGCUCAACCACCUCUCCAUCCUCCCUGGACAGGCGGCCCAGUCCGGCACGAUCUCCGCUGGACAGACGGCUUCCAUCAACACCUUCUCCUUCCCCACUCGACCGGAAACCCUCCCCGUCACCUUCGCCUUCUCACCGAUCCGGCGCUCUGCCGUCGUCAUCGCCGUUGGAGAAGAAGCACCAAAAUGGGACUAAGACUUCUGCCAGGUCGCAAAAAAGACUCUCAGGAAGAGUGUUUGAUCCUAACAAGCACUGUGGCGUCCAGGACCCUGAGACUAAGCGACCCUGCACGCGGUCUCUCACCUGCAAGACUCACUCCUUAACCCACCGCCGAGCCGUCUCCGGCCGAAAAAAACAUUUCGACAUCCUCCUGGCCGAACACAAGGGGAGGGCGAAGGUGAACGAGGGGGUGAAGGAGAAGGAGAGAGACAGGGACGGAUCGCAGGAAGGCGGCAGCCAGAGCGUCACGUCACAAGAGACGGCGUGUCCCAGCAAGCCUCACUGCCCAAAUGGACGACCUCUGUCCACGCUGAAGCUACGGCUGGCGAAUGCACACAUACCCAGGGUCCCAGGCUCUGCCACCUCCACCUCCACUUCCACCUCCACCUCCACCCCUCUGCCCCCAGCACCAGCCCCGGCCCCGGCCCCUAACCCAGAGCCGUCUCCCCACAGCUGGGCGGCGGCGGCAGGAGACAGUGCUCGACUCUCCAGCGACGAGGGAGACCCUGAGACUCCGGAGGACACCGACAGACCUGCCUUUCACUACUCCAGUCGCCACCCACAGCCUUUAGGGUUUUGCGUGUUCAGCAGCCGGCUCAUGGGACGGGGCCACUAUGUGUUCGACAGGCGGUGGGACAGGAUGAGGCUGGCGCUUCAGAGCAUGGUGGAGAAGCACCUUAAUGCGCAGAUGUGGAGGAAGGUGCCUCUGGCUGCAGAGAGCCUCCACUCCCUCUCCUCCUCCGGUACCUCCCCCCUCACUUCUCAACAGAGUCCCUCUCCCACCUCCGUCACUUCUCCUCUCCUCUCCUCCCCCUCCAACUCCUUCUCCUACACCACCACGUUUCCUCAGUCCGCAUCCAUGGCAGGGGUGUUCAGCAUUCGAGACGCUCCACAGCCCAUCGCCCCAGUUUCUGCGCCGGGUAAAGCCCGUAACGGCACGCAUAAAGCCAGCCGCCCAUCCAAAGACACGGAGGACUCUGUAGUGGGAUCGAAGAGGAGGAAAAACUCUUCCUACUCCUCCUCCUCGUCCUUUUCUCCUUCCUUGUUACCAACUGUGGAUAGUCACAAGAGGAACGGCAGCAGCCAUCAUCCGACGUUACAAGGUUCAGGAGGGGCAGCGGCGACGGCAGCCAGGAAAAAGGGACUCGGGCGUGGGGGAAGUGGGCUCUGGAGCGGCGGAGAGGACUGGCUAUCCAGAGCAGAUGGGUCUCAAAGUCACAACUCACAGAACAGUCGCGAACUUGGCACAACCAGUAUACCCUACUCACCCAACAGGGAGCCUGCCUCCACACCCCAUCAGCCCCUGGCUUCCCCCUCCGGACCCUUGGCUUAUGGGGGAGGAGCAGAGGGCAGGAAGAGGAGGAGUCCCAGCUCUUACAGAGGGAAGGCCAGCAAGUUGAGCAGGCCGGGUGGGUUGGAGAGCCUCUUUGGGAAUGGGAGCGACAGCGUGGGAAUACUGGCUUCGGGGCCAGAGUCCCCGAGACAAGCCAAGUUGCAUCACUGACGGAAACCUGUUCCAAGGACAGAAUGUUGGGCAGCUGUGCAGGCCACCGCCGUUUGCGACCUUUGACCUCACCACUCUUCCACUGACAGCACCAAUCAGACUGCUUCACUCUCCGCGAUGUCACCCCUAUUUAUCCAAUGACAGCUCAGUUCACCCGGCUGUGACACCGGGCGGGGGUGGGGGGAGGGGCUUUGGAGUCUUUGCCCACAGUCGGCUGGCAGUCACUUCCACUCUCCACCUUCUCAUUAUGGAUCACUUUUCACGGAAAGCUGCCGUGCACGCACUGUGGUCGCGGCCUUUUCAGAACAAGACAUUGGAAUCCAAAAACUUCUCCUUUGAAAAGGGAAAUUGCCUCACAGUUUUUAAGGCAUUGUUAAUACAACCACCACUGCACAGUUUUUGGGGGAGACACUUUUUUUCUUUGAACAAUAUUUUCUGGUUGCUCUGACCCUUUUUCUGGUUGCUGUUUCAGGUCAGCUGACAAAGAAAGAGGUCUGUGAUUGUUUUUGGGAGUUAGAUGGUUGAAGGACCUACUGACACAACUGCUGUAGGACUCAGCCUUCAUCUAUGCCACCUCAGCUCAGCUUUCCUAUCUCGAUUUUAGUUUUUUACUCUUCCUCAAAGGUGGAAGAGACAACAGCAGCUCUGUUUCAGUCUCUUUAUUUCCUCCCAUCUUCCUCUACUACUUUUUUAUAUCAAACAACUCUGUCAACAUCUCUGCAGUUCUCUUUUUACCUUUAUCCCUUCUCUCUCCCCGUCCAUCCCAGCAUGCCUGUGUUCAAAGUGCACUUACUGCCCUCGCUUCCUUCUUCGCUGACUCCAGAGCAGUCUCCAGCAGUGCCACACAAGGACCUGUUCACACAAGGGAAGAAAAAAGAAAACCCCACCUGCGUUACCAACUGCGUCAAUGCAUUGCAUUUCAGUAUAGGAAGAAGUCAGAUUUUAUUUGAAGUGUUUUGGGGUUUUUUUUUCCUUCGUUGUGGUUUUCAAUGUUGCAAGAAACACAAACUCCUGUCUGUGUGUCAGGACUUGCAUCCAAAAAGGAAUGAUUACUACGGUGUUGGAUCUUUUUAUUUUUAUUUUCUUUUUUGUAAAAUAAUUUAUCGCUCCUAAAUGAUUUUCUAACUGACCCCUCGAGGUUUGAGCUACAGAGACUUUUUAAGCAAAAAAAAUAAUAAUUUCUAUGGCAUUUUGAAGAAAUGUUGAAAGUAUUAUGAUAGUUCAUGUUGUCGAUAAUGUGUACAUAUCUGUUAUUAUUUUUGUAUUUAUUAAUAAUUGUCCCCUUUUACUAAAUAUGAGCUAAACAGAGUAUUUUUGCCCUCCUAUAGGCUUGUGUUUAACGAUGACAAGAUCGGCCUGGUUUCUCAAAAUCCUCACAGAUUUGUUCGUCAGCGUGUUUUUAAAUUAAUACAAAUUUAUAACUCAAACACAGCCAAAUAUGAACUUUGGCUGUGGGUGCUGUGUAUGUCAUUACUAUUUCACACUGCUGCCAAAUAACAAACGCCACCUGUGGCCAAUUCUGAAAGUGAUUUUAGUCAGGUGUGUUCUAAUAACAAAGCCUAGUUACGUCUAGCUUAGUGUGUUGUCUGACAAAGAAUAUCUUGACUCGAGAUGCGGCUGAGAGUUUUGAAAGAGCUUCAGCCUCAAUUCCAGAAAGCUGUACUCAUUUCUAUGUGGUAUUAAUGUUGGCACCGCUACUCCAUUAUCCUCAGUGCACAGCAGGUCCCACAGUUCCCAUAGUUGCCUUGGUUGUUCACCGUCCACCAUGUCCCCUACUGGGAAUAAUAACUUGCAUUGAUACUCCUGGGGAUAGCUACAGAUAGUUGCCUGGGAAAACAGAAGCGCUGUCCUCAUCUUGUUUUGGUUCAGCAGUGGUUGACUAACUUCCUUUUUGCAGUAAAUCGAGGCUUCAUUUUCUCACAAGAUUAUACCAGACAGAGUUGCAUAGUGAAAGUGAAACACGAUGUCAUUAUUCUGUAGCCAAGAAUCAUAAUGAUAAGUUAAAGCAAAAAACUUGUCUGUUUCCACUUUAAAGUACGCUGCAAAUCAGUGGUUCCCAACUGGUCCAGCCACAGGGUCCAGUUUUGUCAUUAGUCCGAGGGCCACACAGUUUAAUAUAGUCGGCGUUUUCUUGUGUUUGGCCAUGUCAUCGAGGUAGUUUGCCGUCUCUGUCAAGUAGCUGUCUGUUAGCCAGUCACACUACAGCAGGAAACAGCACUUCAAAAUAAAAGCUUUGUGCCUGAAAUUCACUGUGCUUAAAAAUGAAAAUUGUUUUUUGCAAACUACACACAUUUGCAGUCCACUCAGAAUAGACUUGCGACCCACUUUGGACCGCGACCCACCAGUUGGGAACCACUGCUGUAAAUGGUACAAUGCAUGUAGCUGUCAACAGCUGCUUAGAAUUAGUAUGUAGUUUAAAAUUGGGACAAAGCUACAACCUUCAUCAUCAGAUGGAGUUAACUUGGUUGCUAUGGAGAUGCUCAGGUGUCAUCACUUGCGGAGGGGGUGUAGUAAAUGGACCGUGAGUUAAGUUUUUUUUUGUCAGACUGUUACUUAUAAGUUUAUUAAUGAACCUUCAAGCUCAAUUGUGUUGCGUGUUGUGUUUCCUGCCACUUUUCUUACCCUGUAAAACUAAAGAGAUGAUGGUCCUAAAAGUUUCUAUCCCAGCGUAUCUUCACAUUUCUAUUAAGGCUGCAGUGUUUUGCGAUGUUUAUCAUUAAAAAAAUUGACAUCACUGACGAUAAAAAACAAAGCCCUGAUUUCUAAUAGCUCAUGUACGCUAAAGAACAAAGGUUGAUUUUGUGACACCAGGCCUUGGUUAGUAUUUUCAUACAAGGGCCCCACAUUCCUGUUUGCCUGUGGUUUCACCCUUUUUCAUACUUCUUCCAAUGUUUAAAGAACUAUAGCUAUAUUUUUGAACUGUCUUUAUCUUCCAGGACCGAUUGGUCUAGUCUCAGUGCGAUUAGCCUUGGUCGUUGGGUGUGUAAAAAUCAAAGCCAGGUCGAAAUGCUUUCACUUACUUAUCAGCUGCAACCGUCAAACUUGGUACCGUUUUGUCUCCGGUGGCUCAGUCGUUGGCCAUUUCCGUGAGGCUUUUAAAGGGGCAGUCUAGAUUUUUUUAAGCAUAGCUGUAUGAGGCACUUAUCCAUAGUCACUGUGUUAUAUAUAGUAGCUAGCAGUCAGUUAACCCGCCUGUUUUGAGAAGCACGCAGUAGUAUCGCCACAGAAGCAAAACAAUGUGUUGCUGUGGAUGGGGGCUGCAGCAAAAUGUAGCCACCUAAAAAAAAAAAAAUCAGUAUCAAGUGUUUUUGGAAUACUGUCACUAUUUUCCCUUUCACAGGGAACAGAAGUUGUUUUCUACGCUCUCUUCAAAGCCACCACACUCAAUAAUUUUACCUCACAGAACACGGUAGUUGCUGGUGUACAGCUGCCUCGAUCAGCUUGUAGUUUGUGUUUUGUGACUGUGGUGAAUCCAAAUUAACCCUUUAAAACACCAAAGUCUCACAAUUACACCGUAACAAACUGAUUCGGGCAGCGGUAGAGCAGCGACUCUCAUUUUCUGCAAGGUAAAAUCACUGUUUUUGUUAAAGUAGUCUGGUGGCGUUGAAGAGAGCAUAGAUAACGGCUUCAGUUCCUUCUUGGAAAGGGAUGUCGGAAAGUCACGAUACUGGAACUUUUUAAUCCGAUAAAAUAGCUAAAAAAAAUAUUCCAUACCAUUUGCAAUACUAUGGGGAAAAUUUGAUGUAGCACUGACGGCAAGGUAAAGCAGUGAAAAUAUUCUAAAUAUAACGUACACUUGAACUGAUAUUGACUUUUUUUGGGUGGCUAAAAUACAUUUUGCUGCUGCCCCCAUCCACAGCAAUGCAUUGCUUAGCUUCCCUGUCAGUACUGCUUCUCCAAACUGGGACGUGCGGACCAACAUCUAUUGUCAGCAAUACACUGAAUACGGAUGAGUACCUCAUGCAACCCCGCUUAAAUGUUUUAAAUACCUACAAGAUGCAUACAUACAGCAUCAGGUGUAUUAUAGCAGCUCACGGCCGCAACUAAAUGUCCUAAGUGGCGCAAACAUGAUCAGAUUAAUCCGAGGAUGUCAUAUCAUAUAGGUGCAAGAAAACGUGUGAUAUCCAUGGUUAAAAGUGGUGUCAUGGACGCCAUAUGUCAAAAAACAAAUGGUUAAAACCUUUAAAUGUCUGAAAGGUACCCUGUUUAUUCGUGUGGUUUUGCUGAUGAAGCCAAAGUAACUGAAAGCAUUUUGAUUUGUUGCGAGCGACGCUCCCACCUGGUACUCGCCAGCUGCUUUAAAUAACUUUUUUUUUGUUUUUGUUUCUUUUUUUGUCUCGAAAGCAUCUAAGCACUAAUGAUGAAUUAAUUGUACAUAAUCAGUUGUAUUCGUGUUCUGCUUUUUCCCAAGUGCUUCCCAUGAUGACACUUUAUUCAUCAGUGCGUGAGAUCGUCUAGAUCAGUUUAGUGAUACCGGCUCUGUGGUCUUUUUUUUUUUUUUUUACUGUAGACACACGUGGUUUACCCGGGUACUCGCAGUGUCCAGUUAAAUCAUUAGCCUGCCUGCAAUUACAUUAUAGACACAUAUUCACAGUUUUCUCUGUUUAACAUACAAACAGAUGUAUAAAGAUGUUGGUUUAAUGGCUGAAAAGUUGAAGGUUUUUGUUUCCGUUCAAUAUCUCACAUGCUACUACAGAUCAAACCUGAUGUUCUUAGCGCUGAGAUGUUUUUGGGAAAUCCCACCCUGACUUACUGUUUAUAGUUAGUACAGUCUGUUGCAGCUAAAAUUAAGACGAAGCUCAAGGAUGUCAGAGCAGUUAAUGUUAUCGUUGCUGUUGAAUUUUACGGAGGUAUUAACAGUUUUUUUAAAAGCCUCCCCCUUCCUUUUUUUUGCACUUUGUCAUAAUGCCCAGAUCUUUAAUCUACUUCUAUUUAUAUAAAUAUUUGAGAUAUAAAAAAACAAAUCUAUAUCUAUAUAUUUGUAAAAGUGUUUCUGGCAACUACAGUAACAGAAGAUGAAGAGUAUAUUCUCGGUGAGUUGGCCCCUUCAACCAGCGCGCCGCCGUUGUUGUAUCUGAUCCAGACUGUGUCGAAUGUCUGAAGAAAUGCCUUGUAAGAGUCGCGGCAUAUUCGCUCUCACUGCGGUUGGAUCAGAAAAUGGAUUUCCCAUCAGAACAACUGAACACUUGCUGUAUAAAAAAUGGUCUUAUAUCCAAGCUUUUAUUAAAUGAUUGAAAGUGGAUGUUGUGUUAUUUGUAAAUCAGAGUCCCACUGAUGAUGACGACUGCUUUGUGUAUGUUGAGUGUUUUCUAUGUGUAAGGAUCUCAUGAUUGUUAAUCUUUGUGUUGUAGCAGAAGAGCAAAUGUGUCCUCUGUGGCUGUCAGUGUUUCACAAAGCCGCUUCAAUUAUGUAUUUUGUGCUUAAAUUUUUACCAGAUGCA